ACAUAAACGAAUGUGAUGCCAAUAACCCAUGUGCACAACAGUGUUACAAUAUACUGGGUUCUUUCAUCUGUCAGUGUAAUCCCGGAUUUGAGUUAAGCAGUGACAGAAUCAACUGUGAAGACACUGAUGAAUGCAGAACCUCAAGUUAUAUAUGUCAGUAUCAGUGUGUCAAUGAACCAGGAAAAUUCUCAUGUGUCUGCCCUGAAGGAUACCAGGUAGUAGGAGGCAGAACAUGUCAAGAUAUAAAUGAGUGCGAGACUACUAAUGAAUGCAGAGAGGAUGAAAUUUGCUGGAAUUACCACGGAGGAUUUCGUUGUUACCCAAGAAAUCCUUGUCAAGAGCCCUAUGUCCUUACAUCUGAGAACCGCUGUGUCUGCCCUGUUUCAAAUGCCAUUUGCCGAGAGCUGCCUUACUCUGUUGUGUACAAAUACAUGAGCAUCCGUUCAGACAGAACAGUGCCCUCUGAUAUCUUCCAGAUUCAGGCAACCACUAUUUACCCUAAUACUAUUAACACAUUCCGGAUCAAGUCUGGAAACGAAAAUGGAGAAUUUUACCUGAGACAAACAAGCGCCGUAAGUGCAAUGCUUGUACUGGUGAAAUCACUAUCAGGACCAAGAGAACACAUUGUGGAUCUGGAGAUGCUAACAGUCAACAGUUUGAAUUAUCGUACAAGCUCGGUGUUAAGAUUAACAAUAAUAGUGGGACCUUACGCAUUUUAGUGGUUUUCAAUAACCCUUCGCUGGCACUUAAAGCAGCCAAAGAAUAUUAUCUUAAAGAAAGCACUUACUAUUUUAUUUAUAGAUUUUGCUCUCUUUUUUUUUUUUUUUAAGAUUUGUUUAGUAAGUUGAUAUCUUUAAUCCACACAUUACACCUGUAAUUCAGAAUUAGUAGAUGUGUUCCAUAGUAUAACAUGGGCAUUGUCACUUUCUGUAUAAAGAUCUAAAUCUUUUUUAUUACCUUUCUUGGACUAGAUACAUACUUUGCUUUUGUAUGAGAACUGUAUGUUCAUACUACCCUGUAAAACUUCACACACCCUUCCUAGCCAAGUAGGUCAUGCAAUUAAAAGGUGAUCUUCUGUGUUGCUUUUAUUUUAAAUUCUAAUGCAGCUACACUGACAAUCUCAAAAAGAAAAAAAAUUAUAUAGUAUGAAUGAUACACAAAGUAAGGGUUAUCUGAUAAGCUAAAAUAUAUUUCUUCUUUUUAACUACUUUGUAACAAAAGAUAACAGUCAAUAAAAAUCUGUUUCUGUAGACAUUUAUGUAAUAUCAGUUGGUUUUUCUGAUCUGGGUUGGAGGUAAAGUUACAUUGUGAGAAAUGUUUUGCAUUGGGUUUUUAUAUGCAGAUUGUGUUAACCAUAGCACAGAAUAACAUUCUGCUCUCUCCAAGAAAAACAGACCAUAGGAAGAAAAUUUCUCCAACAAUAAAAGAAACUCCAAAUGGAAAAUCACCACGCAGGGCAUGUGUCUGUGCUUUCUCCUGAGAACACUGUUGGUAGUUACUGGUUAGAGGGAUACAGCAUUUUCAGACAGAAGUUAACAUGCUAUUUUUCCAGAAAUAUUAUGUUGUAUACUAAGAAUUGAGUGCAUUUGCUUAUUAAGUUAUAUCAUUUUCAGGCACUCAGUCCUAUUCCUGCUCAGAUGUAUCAUGUACAGUGUUCAUAAAAUUUAUUUCUAAUUCAAGAAGUAAUAACAUCUUUUGUAAUAUGUAAAAUCUUGUUUCUUGUUUGAAAUGUAGUAGUUAAUCAUUUGAUGUACAAAAUUUUUAAUAAAGAUCUCUUACCAUAUUGU